AUGCUGCGACGCGCGUCGACGGCCAAGGACGUCAUCGGCUCGGUGCGCGCGCUGUGCGAGCGCGCGCGAGGGCGCGCGGGGACGACGCGCGAGGCGACGACGACGACGGGCGACGACGGAGGGUUCGCGACGACGACGACGGCGACGGCGCGCGGAGGCGCGCGCGAGGCGCGGGCGACGCGAACGGACGAGCGAGGGACGGGUCGACGCGCGGAACGCGCGGGGGAGGCGCUGCGCGCGGGAAGAGGGACGUUCGCGACGUGGACGACGGCGGGACGACGCGCGUUCGCGACGGCGACGGGGAGCGAACGGGAAGGCGAACGCGACGACGACGGCGAGGACGGUGAUGGGAACGUCGACGGAGACUCGAAAACGAACAAGCACGAGACCGCGCAUAAGUUGAUCGAUAUUCCGGACGAGGUGCCGCACGAUCCGCCGUUGUUGCGGUCGACGUUGGUGAAGAGAAGACUCGACGUGACGUUGGCGUGCGCGGAGACGGUGAGCGAGGCGAUUAAGAUCGCCACCGAUAGCGUGGCGGACGGAGAUUACCCCACGUCCUCGAGACAAGUUCGCAUCAUGAUCACCAAGAUUAAGACCAAGGAGGAUAUUCGCGAGGUUUUUGCUUUCAUGGCGAAGAUGCACCGCAUUCGGUUGGCAAAGUACGAACCCGUCGCGACGGACACGCCCGAGGAAGCGGCGAACCGUUCGCAGUGGGGAGGGCACAUGGUUUGGCGCGAACAGGUGGCGUUGGAAUUGUUCAAUGAAAUUCGCAAAUUUGACGAUCACGAAGCCGCGGUGGAGAUGGUUGAAAACCACGCGUCGCUGGGCGUAAAGUUGACGCGGACGGUGGCCAAGCAGGCAUUUUUCAACACGUACACUGGACCUUUUGAGUACGUCUAUCGCGUGUACGAAGCGGUGCGCGAAAGUUACGGCACGGAAGACUUCACCGUGGCUACGAUGAUCGGGGCCUCGCUCGAUAACAGGCACAUGGAUCUCGCUCGAGAGUACGCCGUCGCGUUUAAAGAGAGCGGCGCCGUCGUUCCGAGCAGAACGUAUUUCAAGUUUUUGAAAUGGGCCACGAGGAUUGGCGAGCCCGAGCACGCGUUGUGGGCGAACGAAGAGCAUAUCGCGAGUAUUCGAGCAACGCUUCAAUCCCGUAUUGAGCGAAUGGAGCGCAUCAACGCCGCCAUCGAGGCGGGCACGCACACGCACAGGGGCGCCGAGAAGCUCGAAAUUCCAGCAAAGUGGCGAGAGCCCGACGUGAUGCCGAUUACGCCUUUUUAUUACGUUCACGUGGUCCGAGCGCAUCUACUUAAUCGCGAUGUCGCGAGCGCGACUCGCAUGCUGGACAGCAUCCCGUCGUUUGAGCACACCACGAGAAAGCAACUGCGUACGGAUAUUCACGACAACACGCGCGGCUUCGAGCUCAAGACGUACAACGUUCAAGACCAGAUUGUGGCAGUGCUCGCGGAUUGGCCGCGCAAGCUUUACGUCGAAGAGAACUUCAACGGAGAGCCGUCCCGCGACGAGCUUCGCGAAUCGAUGAAGGCUGCCAUCGACGGCGUCGCUCGCGACGACAUCAAAGCCGCGUUCGCGUCGAUGGACGUCGACGCCAUCUUCGACGCCUUGGACGGCGACGCACAGGGGGAUUCAUUAGCAACCGAGGAUGACCAGGCGGAGGAAGCAUCCACUAGCGCUAGCUGA